AUGUCCGAACAAACCUUCCACAUUACCGGCGAGGACGUCCGCAAGAUGGAGUCGAAGGAGUCCAAGUUCCAUGGAGGCAAGACACCCAAAGAUUCAGAUAUAUCGGCAAUGAAGCAACUCCUCUCGGAACAGGGAUCCAAACAAGACCAAAUCGACCGUGUCAAGGCGAACCUGCCUCUCCCCGACCCCCCCGUCGGAGGAGCAAGCGCAGAUCUCCAGUCCGCGGACCAACGCACCGUGAAUGUCGGCAGUGGCGGCGUGAACGUCAAGUUGGGCACGGGAUCGGCUUCGGGCCUGAGAGAACCGGCAACGGCUGAGAGCAGCGUGAGAGUGGAUGGGGAGGAAUUCAAAAAGGCCACCGAGCCGCCUCGUUCAUGA